AUGCAGGACUUUGGUUUGGAAGAUCGCCCCAGUGAUAAGCCUGUGGUUGCGGCCCGAUCGAAAAAGGGCAAAUUCAACAUGAAAGAGGAAUUCAGUGGAUAUACUUUUAGUGUGGAGAAUUUGAAAAAGUUCGUGGAAGAUAUUAUUGCCGAUAAAUUGGAGCCUUAUCUGAAGAGCGAAGAUCCUCCGGAGAAGCAGGGUGAUGUUAGGGUUGUUGUUGCGAAGACAUUCAACGAGGAAGUGAUUGACGUGCAGAAAGAUGUGCUGAUUGAAUUUUAUGCGCCAUGGUGUGGUCACUGCAAGGCGCUUGCACCAAAAUACGAUGAGUUGGGCAAAAAAUUGGCCGAUGAGCCGAAUGUUGUAAUCGCAAAAAUGGAUGCUACGGCAAAUGACGCACCACCACCAUUUACUGUGGAAGGGUAA